CCCUCUGCUCCCCUAAAUUGGGAGGGCCACCGAGUGUCGGCCGGUGUGCCGGUUCACUUCGGGUCUAGCCAGCGAGGGGUGCACUGCGCAACAUCCCACCGCACGAACAACAUCAUGGCCGACCUCGCUGCCAGAGAUGUUGAGAGGGCUCAGUUCGCCUUCUCCAUCUACGACUUCGAAGGCAAGGAUGAGGUUGACGCCUACUACCUGGGCGACGUGCUGCGCGCGCUCAACCUCAACCCCACCCUGGCCAUGAUCGAGAAGCUGGGCGGACAAAAGAUCAAGAAGCAGAAGAAGCUGAAGCUGGACGAGUUCCUGCCCAUCUUCUCGCAGGUCAAGAAGGACAAGGACCAGGGUGGCUACGAAGACUUCAUGGAGUGCCUGAAGCUGUACGACAAGGCGGAGAACGGCACCAUGAUGGCGGCUGAGCUGUCGCACGUGCUGCUCUCUCUCGGUGAGCGGCUGACGGAGAAGGAGGUCAACGACAUCAUGGCCGAGUGCUGCGACGAAGAGGAUGAGGACGGCUUUAUUCCUUACGAGCCCUUCGUCAAAAAGCUGAUAGCCGGCCCCUUCCCGGAUGCGAAGUAAAUUCGCAAACUUCGACAUUCAAGCUCAGAGGUAAACGAACCAACAUCUCGACCCAUCUUUCACUGGGAGGUGGCCUCCCGGCCGCCGAGUCACCUGGCGGCCUCGCUCAGCAGCUGUGUGCAGUCUGCGCGUGGUGAGCGCGGCGCUCGCGAGCCGGCGCCGCCGCCGCCGACCGCCGCCGCCGCCCCCUCGGCCCGGGCGGCAGCGACGCGGCCGACACAGUGGCGGCGCCGGCCACCUUCACUUCCAGGGAAUUUUUUUUUAUAAGCUCCGCCAGCUCGAACCCAUACAUAUGUAUAUUUCACUCGUGAUGUGUGCGUGUGAAUAUUGGCGCGUGUCGCGCGCCGCUGUGCGUGUGCGUGUGGCGUGCCGCGUCCGGAGCCCUCUCGCCAGGGCGGACUGAGUGCGAUCUAGUCAGCUCCCGCUGCAGAGAGCGCCCCGACGUAAGUCGGUGUUGACGCUCUGGCGCGGGAGUGCGCGCGCCCGCUCCGCUGCCUGGUGCCGACCGGCCGGCGUGGCGGAGCGCUCGUCUGUCCGUCUGUCCGUGGUCGUCUGUCCGUGGUCCGUGUCCGUCCGUUGUCCGUUGUGCCCGAGUCCUUUCCGUUAACUUGACAUCACAGAAGAGUCAGCAUCAUCAGUCAGUACCAUCCGGCAAAUCUGUUUUAUCAAGUUUCGGAACAAUAUGUAAAUAAAUUUGUAAAUUAUA